AGAAAGUCCCGUGACUGUAACUUGAACAGAUUGACAGUCGUUUCGGCCUUUUCUGAGGGCAAAGUCAUCUGUCUGAUAACAGAAAGAUUUCACCUGGAAUUAGUCACUUUAAAAUAUUUUUAUCUCGUUGAAGAAAACCCGCUUUGAAGCAACAAUUCAAAAUGCCGCUUUUCAGAAGCGAAGAAAUGACACUUUGUCAGCUUUUUUUGCAAAGUGAAGCUGCUUAUGCUUGUGUAGCUGAACUGGGAGAGUUGGGACUUGCCCAAUUUCGUGACUUGAAUCCUGAUGUUAGUGCUUUCCAGCGCAAAUUUGUCAAUGAAGUCAGGCGUUGUGAUGAAAUGGAAAGAAAACUUCGUUACCUAGAGAAAGAAAUCAAGAGAGAUGACAUCCCAAUUUUGGACACUGGCGAGAAUCCUGAAGCUCCACAACCCAGAGAGAUGAUUGAUUUGGAAGCAGCUUUUGAAAAGCUUGAAAAUGAGCUUCGUGAGGUGAACCAAAAUUCAGAGGCACUAAAGAAAAACUUUUUAGAGCUGACAGAAUUGAAGCACAUCUUACGCAAAACUCAAACAUUCUUUGAUGAGAUUGAAGCUGUCUUUAGUCAAGACACGGUCACAGAAAGAGUAAAACCAGCUACGACUCAUCGGCAUGGCAUACGUCUACAGAUGGCCGAAUCGGGUCACGAAGAUGAGCAUGCCAACUUGCUCGGCGAUGACGGACUGCGCGCUGGCGGACAAGUGCUAAAACUUGGAUUUGUCGCAGGGGUGAUUCUUCGCGAGCGUCUUCCUGCCUUCGAGAGGAUGUUGUGGCGCGCUUGCCGUGGUAACGUGUUUCUUCGCCAGGCUGAAAUUGACGCUGCCCUCGAAGAUCCGGUCACUGGAGAUCAAGUGUACAAAUCCGUCUUCAUCAUCUUCUUCCAAGGAGACCAGCUUAAAACCCGUGUCAAGAAAAUUUGUGAAGGAUUCCGUGCGACGCUGUAUCCGUGCCCGGAAACUCCAGCUGAGCGUCGUGAAAUGGCCAUUGGCGUCAUGACUCGAAUUGAGGAUUUGAAUACUGUUCUGGGUCAGACUCAAGAUCAUCGUCACCGCGUGUUGGUAGCUGCGGCCAAGAAUAUCAAAAACUGGUUCGUCAAAGUUAGGAAAAUCAAGUCCAUCUAUCACACCCUGAACUUGUUCAACUUGGAUGUGACGCAAAAAUGCUUGAUUGCUGAAUGCUGGAUACCAGUCACUGACAUGGAAACUAUUCAAAUGUCCCUUCGGCGUGGAACGGAGCGAAGUGGAAGUUCGGUUCCCCCCAUCUUGAAUCGCAUGAUGACAAGAGAGGUGCCACCGACCUAUAACCGUACCAACAAGUUUACGGCUGGAUUUCAGAAUCUCGUAGACGCUUACGGUGUCGCUACUUACCGUGAAGUUAACCCAGCUUCCUUCACCAUCGUCAGCUUCCCUUUCCUGUUUUCUAUGAUGUUCGGUGACGCUGGUCACGGACUUUUGAUGACGUUGUUCGCUCUUUGGAUGGUAGUCAAGGAGAAACCUCUGGCGGCCAAAAAAAUUCAAAGCGAGAUUUGGGUCAUCUGCUUCGCCGGUCGUUACAUCAUGUUGCUUAUGGGUUUAUUCUCGAUUUAUGCCGGAUUCAUCUAUAACGACGUUUUCUCCAAAGGUGUCAACAUAUUUGGAUCGGCUUACAAGGUCAACUUGACUGACCAUGAGCUGCAGCAUCAUCACUCGGGAAUGUUGGUUCCAAACGAGGCCAAUAACCAUUACAGGCAAACACCUUAUCCAUUUGGUGUCGAUCCCAUCUGGAUGAUGGCUGAGAAUAAGAUUCCCUACCUUAACGCCUACAAAAUGAAGAUUUCCAUCAUUUUUGGCGUUGUUCACAUGGGUUUUGGAGUAAUCCUUGGCAUUUGGAAUCAUCGUUUCUUUGGCCGCAAUAUGAAUAUCCUCGUCGAGUUUGUGCCACAAAUCAUCUUUUUGAUUUUCCUUUUCGGAUACCUUUGCAUCUUGAUGUUCAUUAAAUGGACUAAAUAUUACGCCGGAGCUGAAGACCAGGCUCUUACCCCUGGAUGUGCACCUUCGAUUCUCAUCACCUUUAUCGGCAUGGUACUGUUCAAGUACGACACAGUUGCACUUGACGGUUGUGAAAACUACAUGUAUCCUGGGCAGGAGACGCUUCAAAAAGUAAUGAUUAUCACGGCAGUCCUCGUGGUUCCAAUUCUCCUUUUUGGCAAGCCCAUUCUGUUUAAGAUGGAAAUGAACAAAGCCAAAAAUCAUGCCACAUUGCAUAACCAUAAUGGCACUGCCGAAGGCGAAGAUGUGGAAGUAGCUGGAGUUCCACAAACCGAAAAUCAUGAAGGAGGGGAUGAGCCGCAUGAGUUUAGCGACGUCAUGAUUCAUCAGGCUAUCCACACUAUUGAGUAUGUGCUGGGAUCCGUGUCCCACACUGCCUCAUACCUUCGUUUGUGGGCUCUCAGCUUGGCCCAUUCUCAGUUGUCCGAAGUUUUGUGGUUGAUGGUUCUCCGCAAAGGUCUCAUGUUCCAGGACUGGUAUGGCGGUGUCAUCUUGUAUUUCAUCUUUGCCGCUUGGGCUGCUCUGACAGUCAGUAUUCUCGUCCUCAUGGAAGGACUUUCUGCUUUCCUGCACACUUUGCGUCUUCACUGGGUCGAAUUUCAAAGCAAGUUUUAUGCUGGUGCGGGCUAUCUAUUCGUUCCAUUCUCGUUCGAGAACAUUAUGGAAGUCCAACCAGGCGAAGAAUAAUUUUUAACGAUAGAUCUUUUUUGUUUUUUCUUCAUAUCUUUUUUUGCACGAUAUGUGUAAUAUGUAAUACGCAAGAUCUAAAAAUAAUCUCUUUCAUAGUAGUUGUUGAUUUUAGCAAAUUGGUGUUGUAAAACUCUUCGAAUUUUUCUCUUUAAUAAGGUCUGUACUGUUUUGCUUGAUCCAAUAUAAUUCAGUUAGCAGCGAAA